GGUGCCACGCAGUUGAAGGUUGCCGGGACACUGCGCCUGCGUUGUAAGGCUCGUGAGCCCCGCCCCGUCUGGGCACCUGAAGGCCCUCAGGGCGGAGGAGGGCGGGUACGCUGCGCAGGUCUUAGCUUCACACUGCAGGUUGUGGAGCUGUUUCAGCCGGUGGAGGUACCUGGUUCGCUCGUCUCCACGAUGUGAGACCUCAGUUUUGAGAGGCAUUAAGUAAAACUGACCCAGGAUCUCUCAACAUUUAAAUGGCUGAACCAAGAGAUGAACAGACGUAUUGAUGGGAAUAACCUAAAUCAAGAUUUAUAAUUUUAAGCUGGCAAAAAUCUUCACUUAAAUGGAUGCUUCUUGUCUUCCGACUAGCUUUCAGCAGUCUGAAAUGACCGUGAAUAUUUGCUCCCUCAUCACCAUUGUUGGCGAAUAUUUUCAAGAGCUCCGAAGUUAGUUGACGCUCUAAUAAGAGGUCCUUUGUGACAACUUACUUGGUCACAGGAUUAUUGGGAUUUUCCAGGUGCAGUUGGUGCCGCUCCUGCUGCUCCACAGCUUUUGAUGUUUGUCACUACUUUUCUGAAAACACAGGCUUAGAGAGCAUAAACAUCAAAGGCAGUGAAAUAACAGCCAUUCCCUAUGAUAUCGUAUUUAAUGUAUUUUUUUGAGAAUGUAAAUCCAGAACAUUAAAGUUAUUUUUAUUUUAGAAUAAGAAUAAAACCAUCUGAAAAAGUUGGAGAAGAUAGAGUAUAUUCAGUCUUCAAACCAGAAGGUCAACAAAGUGGAAAUGCACAAUUUUGAGGAUGAGUUAACAUGUCCCAUUUGUUAUAGUAUUUUUGAAGAUCCUCGUGUACUACCAUGCUCUCAUACAUUUUGUAGAAAUUGUUUGGAAGACAUUCUACAGGCAUCUGGUAACUUUUAUAUAUGGAGACCUUUACGAAUUCCACUCAAGUGCCCUAACUGCCGAAGUAUUAUUGAAAUUGCUCCAACUGGUAUUGAAUCUUUACCUGUUAAUUUUGCGUUAAGGGCUAUUAUUGAAAAGUACCAGCAAGAAGACCAUCCAGAUAUUGUCACCUGCCCUGAACAUUACAGGCAGCCACUGAAUGUUUAUUGUCUACUGGAUAAAAAAUUAGUUUGUGGUCAUUGCCUGACUAUAGGUCAACAUCAUGGUCAUCCUAUAGAUGAUCUUCAAAGUGCCUAUAUAAAAGAAAAGGACACACCUCAAAAACUGCUUGACCAGUUAACUGAUACACACUGGACAGAUCUUACUCAUCUUAUUGAAAAGCUGGAAGAACAAAGAUCUCAUUUGGAGAAAAUGGUUCAAGGUGAUAAGGAAGUUGUUCUCCAGUAUUUUAAAGAGCUUAGUGAUACAUUAGAACAGAAAAAAAAAAAUUUCCUAACUGCUCUUUGUGAUGUUGACAAUCUGAUUAAUCAAGAAUGUACUCCACAAAUUGAAAGAAUGAAAGAAAUGAGAGAGCAGCAGCUUGAAUUAAUGACAAUGACAGCAUCUUUACAAGAAGAAUCUCCACUUAAAUUUCUUGAAAAAGUUGAUGACAUCCGCCAACGUGUGCAGCUUUUGAAACAAAGACCACUUCCUGAGGUACAGCCUGUUGAAAUUUAUCCUCGAGUAAGCCAAGUAUUUAAAGAAGACUGGAGCAGAACAGAAAUUGGACAAAUUAAGGAACUUCUCAUUCCUGAAAUGAAAAUUUCUUCAAAAAGGAUGCCAUGUUCCUGGCCUGAUAAGGAUGUAAAAGAAGUUGAAUUUUUUAAGAUUCUAAACCUUGUUAUAGUUACACUAAUUUCAGUAAUACUGAUGCUGACUCUCUUCUUUAACCAACACGUAAUAACCUUUUUAAAUGAAGUCACUUCAACAUGUUUUGCUGAGGUCUCCCUAUCUGUUUACCAAAGUUUAUCUAACAAUCUUCAUGAUUUAAAGAAUAUACUUUGUCACACUUUAUAUUUACUGAAGGAAUUCAUGUCGAAAAUAAUUUCUCAUUGAAAAUUCAAACCUGAAUUGUUUAAAUAGGCUUGUUCUGUACAGCAGACACUAACAACCAUUUGCUAAAAGGAGGAAUACAGACAGCAUGGAUAAAAUGGCAAGCUAAAAUUUGCAACAGAUAUAAAUAGUAUGUAUAGAAAGGUUAAAACUUUCAUGCUUUUGUUGAAAAUGUGUGGUCAAAAGUUAGAAAUGAGACAAUGUCUCUGGUUUUCUGAAAACUAGAAUAAAAUUUAGUGAUUAUUUGAGUAUUAAUACAUUAUUCCUUUUUUUUUUUUUUUUUAUUGGCCUGAGAGCUUGACUCAGUGUGACAGUUAAACAUUCUUGUACCAAUGUUGUCUUUUAGCAUUAUAUAAUGCAGUGCUUGGCUUUGCAGUUCUUUAUGUAUAUGCAGCCUUUAAUUAAAAGAUGGCUAAAUCCUAGAAAGUACAAUAAGCCUUUAGUAUUACAUGGCUUGACAAUUUGGAAUGGGCAAAUUAAGGAUGGUGAGGUUUUAAAUUCAAGCAGCAGUCUUAAAGGUGAUACGAGAUUGCUUAGGUAAAAAUGUGUUUUGAUUAGGAGUUCCAGCUGUGGCACAGUGGGUUAAUGAAUGAUCUGGCGGCCUGUUUCUGGAAGCACCAGUUCAAUCCCUGGUCUGGCACAGUGGGUUAAGGAUCCAGCAUUGCUGCAGCUGUGGUACAGGUUGCACCUUAGGCUUGGAUUUGAUCCCUGGUUUGGGAACUUCCAUAUGCUGUGGGUUCGGCUGGAAAAAAAAAAAUGCAUUUGAUCAAUGUACCUCAUAAUUGGUCAACAUUCAUUCCUAAUACUAUUAUUGCUUUUGGAAAUAUAAAGUGCCAUUAAGGACCAACAAGUAACAUUUCCGAAUAUUUGUUUUUAUUCUGUGGUUUAUGUUAGGAUUGUAUUUGACUUUUGUGUAGCAUUAGUCUUGUCAGUCAAAUCAGUUCUUGGAUUAAAAACUCUAAAUUAGAACAAGUGUUAUUGGUAAUUCCACCCUCAGAUUUAGAUGGCAUGUUAACCGUCUUUAAACUGUCUUAAAUUUUCUGUCAAACAUUCUUAUACUAAUGCCAAAGUACCAAUAAUUUGAUCUUAUUUUCUUGAACUUUAUUAUGAAGGGAGCCUACUUAGCUAUUAAGUCAAAUCCCUUUUGGUUUCCUUUUAUUAGCAGGGACUGGAAUCAUGGUGCUUUGUGGUAGGACUUUUGGCCCUUUUGUCCACAUAACAAACUUAUAUGCUUUCUAGAAAUUCCAAAUUGGCUGUUGCUUAGAUCACAUCUUUAGGAGCCUUACUUAAUUCAGACUUUACAGGUCAAAUCAGGGAACACUCCUAGUCCUACAGAUAAAUAUGGCUGUAAUCAGGACACUAGUUCUAAAAUACUCCUGAUGUCUUAUCUGCUGAGAUAAGUCUGGACACCAAGGUGUAUGACUAUUUUGUUAAUUUAUGGUGAGAAUCAGAAUAGCACAACAAUAUGUUGUGUGGGCAAAGAACAUGUGGAGGGUAUAAUGGAGGCAAGAGGAGAUAUAUAUAUAUUCAGCUACACACUUACCCUGGAAGUUAAGUACUAGUCACAACACAAAAGAGCCAUGUACUUUUAGUAAGCACUGAAAUAUUUAUUAUGUAUUUAACAUUUAAUCUCACAUAUUUGAAAUAGGAAUUAACCCUCACUUACACAAAAAUUGCCCAAGGCCAUAGAGUUAGUUUGAGACCUCAUGGAUUCUUUUCAGAAUUCAUCUGUUGUGCUACUUUUAAAGGAUUGAAGGAGUUCCCUUUGUGGAUCAGCUGUUAAAUGAACCCAGUUAGGAUCCAUGAGGAUCUGGAUUUGAUCCCUGGCCUCGUUCAGUGUUAAGGAUACAGCAUUGCCGUGGGUUGUGGUGUAGGUCGCAGAAGUGGCUCAGAUCCCACCUUGCUGUGGCUGUGGUGUAGGCCAUCUGCUGUAGUUCCAAUUCGACCCCUAGCCUGGGAGCCUCCAAUGCCCUUGGGUCUGGCCCUAAAAAGCCAAAAAAAAAAAAAAAGGAAAUUGAAGAUUUUUACAAAAUUAGGGUUUUCUAAUCUAUGCCUGUGAAUCUAUGUCUAAGAAUCACAGCUAAAAAUUGAUGCCUUUUAGGUCUGACAUUAGUAUUUUAUAACUUGCCAGUUUUUAGUAGAUAAAAACUAUUUUUGGUUAAGUUUUAUGUAGUGUGCACGAAUAUAGUCAAAUAUACAAAUGACUGAUCCUUUAUACAUGCUGUUUGUUCUCUUUUGUAUUUUUACCAGGAGGAUGAGAUUGUAAACUUUAAAGUAUAUAGUCUUGAAAUAUUUCUAAGUUGUAUGUAUAACAACUGUAUAUUUUAAUAAACUCAUUUUGAUAUUUGC